UCUCCUACAUAAAGGAGAUCUACACAUUAAGCCAAAAUGGGACACUUCAAACCAGAGCCAUCUUCAUUUGAGCCAAAUCAACCCGAAGUCCAGCCGGAGCAUAACUUACAUGGAGCUAACAAUGGCUAUGUCCCUUCUGCAAAUCAAAACGAUCAGCAUCAACCACACACACUCAACAUUCCUGAAAGUGGUUCUCAGCCUCAGCAAUUUUCACAUCCACCACAUCAAGAACUUUCACCAGGACAUAAACCAGCACAGCAACACCCAGUUAAUCAUCAUCAAUACCCAAACUAUCAUACUCAACCCGCCCCAAACCCACAUACCGAUUUCAUGUACCCAAAUAGGAUCCAUCAACCCGUACAUUACCCGACACAUAGCCCACCACCACCCCAUCGUAACCAGGCCUAUCCAACACAUGAGGCCCAUCAUCCUCCACCACCACCACCACCACCACCACAAUAUCAUAACUAUGGUGCUCAAAAUGUAUCACCAGCUUACGUCCCUUCCCAUGCUCGGCCUCCUGCUGCUUAUGAUCAAAAUGCUCACGUUCACAAUCCACAGUUUUAUCCACAUAAUAAUGGUGGUCAGGCAGGUUAUGCAGCACAGGGUAUUCCUGUUCCAGUGCAGAAUCAUGUUCCAACCGAGAAGUGGAGUUCUGAGUUAUUUGAUUGCAUGGAUGAUCCAGUGAAUGCUGUAAUAACUGCUUGCUUCCCCUGCAUAACGUUUGGCCAAAUUGCUGAGAUUGUAGACAACGGCAGCACCCCAUGUGGGACCAGUGGACUGCUGUACGGCUUGAUUGCGUUCCUGAUAGGGGUGCCUUGCAUAAUGUCAUGCACGUACCGCACAAAGCUAAGGAGCAGGUAUGGGCUGCUAGAGACCCCAGCACCUGAUUGGGUCACCCAUUUUAUCUGCGAGUGUUGUGCUCUUUGUCAAGAAUAUAGGGAGCUUAAACACAGAGGCCUUGACCCUUCUAUUGGAUGGCAAGCAAAUAUGGCGUUAGCUCAGGGGCAGCAGCAACAAGCUUAUACGGUGCCUCCAAUCAACCAAAGAAUGACGGCUUGAUUUUGAUUUUGAAGACCGAUCAUAAUCAAUAAAUUCAUCAAAAUGUGC